UUUUUGGUACCACGUGCAAUCCUGUCCAGUCAAGCUAGCGACUAGCGACCAACCUCAACAGUCCAACCGCCGCGCCGCCACCCCACUGACCCAUUCUCCAUAGCUGGCGGGCGCUUGCCCGCCGUCGCAUCAAUCGGCGAAUCAGCCAUGCCGCCGCCUCCGGCUGCCGUCGACCCCCGCAGCGGCUACUGCGCUGCCACCAGGACCUUCCACAGCCUCCGCGCGCCGCUCACUCUGCCACUGCCGCCGCCAGACCGCCCGCUCUCCUUCCCGGCCUUCGCCUUCUGCUACCUCCCUUCCCCGCUACCCUCCCGCCCGGCCCUCAUCGACGCCGGUACUGGCAAGACCGUCCCAUUCCCUGCCUUCGUCUCCCAGUUCCGCGCGCUCGCUGCCGCGCUCCGCGCCCGCCUCCACGUCUCCGCCGGCGACGUUGCCUUCGUCCUCGCGCCCCCCGGCGUCCACAUACCCGUGCUCUACUAUGCGCUCAUGGCCGUCGGCGCCGUCGUGUCCCCUGUCAACCCGGCCCUCAGCGCCGGAGAGAUCUCCAGCCUCGUCGCGCUCUCCAAUCCCUCCGUCGUGUUCGCCGUCCGGUCCACCGCCGCCAACCUUCCUCCCGGCCUCGACACCGUGCUCCUCGACUCCCCAGGAUUCCUCUCGUUCUUGCAAGAACCCAACGACGACGGCGGCAUGGUCCCCUGGACGGAUCUGGUGAUCCAGCAGUCGGACCCGGCGGUGAUACUGUACUCCUCCGGCACCACCGGGCGCGCCAAGGCGGUCGUGUUGACGCACCGCAACCUCAUCGCCUCGGCCGCCCCUCUGGGGUUCGUUGCGGCCGAGGUGGUGAUGCUGACCGUGCCCAUCUUCCACGUAUACGGUUUCGUGUUCUGUCUCAGAGCGGUGCUUGCAGCGCAGACACUGGUGUUGCACACGGCGAGGAAGUUCAACGCCAGGGCUGUGGUCGCCGCGGUCGGGAGGUUCCGGGUGACGCGGCUGGCGCUGGCACCCCCGUCUCUGCUAGCGAUUGUACAGGCGGCUGAGGAGGACAACUCCGUGAUUGCGCAGACGGCUACACUACAGGCGGUGAACUGCGGUGGCUCGUCCAUCGCGCCGGAGUUCAUACGGCGAUUCUCUCACAAAUUUUCUCACGUCUGCCUUUUGCAGGGGUAUGGUCUUACAGAGACUACGGCCGGUUUCUGCCGUGCUUUUGGAGAAGAAAGUGCAAGAAUUGGGUCCGUGGGUCGUCUUUCAUAUGGCGCUGAAGCAAAAAUUGUUCAUCCUGAAACAGGGGUUGCUCUGCCUCCGGGUAUGCCAGGCGAGAUUUGGGUCCGAGGACCUUUUGUAAUGAAAGGUUACCUUGGUGAUAAGGAUUCCACGUCUGCCAUUUUGGAUCGUGAAGGGUGGUUGAGAACCGGGGAUCUUUGUUAUAUCGACAAAGAUGGCUUCGUUUUUGUUGUUGAUCGGCUGAAAGAGCUAAUUAAGUACAAAGGCUACCAGGUUCCUCCUGCAGAAUUGGAAAACCUGCUUCAGACACACCCAGAUAUCGAUGAAGCUGCAGUUGUCCCAUACCCUGAUGAUCAGGCUGGAGAAUUGCCUAUAGCAUUCGUCGUGAGAUGCUCUGGAAGCAACUUGCAAGAGGCGCAGAUAAAAGAUUUUGUUGCUAAACAGGUUGUGUACUAUAAGCGAAUACACCAUGUCUACCUUGUGGAUUCAAUACCGAAAAAUGCUGCGGGUAAGAUUUUACGGAAGGACUUGGUAAGGCUAGCACUGCAUCAGAUUAGCUCCAAGCUCUAAUGUUUCUGUAUGUGGCCGACGUAAACAUUUGCCUCGUUAUGUCUCCCUAACUGUAUAAAAGAAACAUAGAUACACGGAUAGUUAUUGGACGAUGACAUUCGUGCCUGGAAAUUGGGUAACAAAUACCAAUUGUUGUUUGGCCACUGUGCAAAUAUAUAAAAGAUCAUCCAGUUAAUGUUUGUA